CCUUGGGAUUGAGCGAUUUCAUUUUCGAAGCAUGUUGAAUCCCGCCGCAAAGCAGCAGCCGAGUCUUGCCGUGGCUGCUCACUUGCCGUAAAAACACCAGCGAAGAAGAAAAAGGCGGAAGUUGGCGCGGCAAAUCAACAAAAAAGAAAAAAAAGAGUCCGGAGACCAGGUGAAAUCGAGUGCAAGUCGAACGAAUUGGUUCCUGCGGUAGCGACUCGCCACGCAUUUUCCGCCUUCGACAGAACAAUGGCGUCGUGCCGACGACCGGAAGCCGUUGGCGAGAAUGUCAUCGUCUUGUUGUCCGGCCAAGACGUCCAGCAGCCGAACGGGAGUCGGGAUGAGCCGCCCCCUCACUGGCAAGGAGGGAGCUCCGGCUCGGAGCGAGAGGCUCCGCAGCCGCUCGACGUCAAAGAGGAAGCGGCGCGUCCGCGGCCCCCCCGCGUGAAGGAGGAAGAGGAGGAAGCCGACGUCGGCGCGUGGCCGCUGCUCGUCGUCUCUGUGAAAAGCGAAGACGGGGAAGGGGAAGCCUCGGAGCCGUCACGGCUUCAUCGGGAGCGUCCCCGUGGAGACGGCCUCUUCGCUCCGCUUUCAGUCAAGGAUGGCGAUGACUCGGAAGAAAAGCGGCACGCUAUCGAACGUGCCAGGACGCCUCUUGACGGGAGACCCUUUUGUGGCCCCGUUUGCAGCCCGACGCCGUCUCCAAGAGGAAGGCUGGAGAAACACCAGGGAGCGCUCACGAGAGAAAAACCCUUUACUUGCGCAACAUUUGCUCCCAGCUUCUCGGGAAAGGUCGGCUCGGCCACGCGUGGCGGAGAAAAGCCUUUGAAUCGCUCCACAUGUGACUUGGAGCUUGAGCAGGAGGAUCCGCGGCCCACCCAUGUGAAGGAGGAAGAGGGCGAGGGGCCCCCCCGUGUGAAGCCGAUGGCUCAUAUCCAAGCGGAAGAGGAGGAGCCGCAGCCCGCCCGCCCGAAGGAGGAAGGGGCGGAGGACCACAUCGGCGCCUUGCCGCUGCUGGUUGUCUCUGUGAAAAGCGAAGAUGAGGAAGACGGGGCGCCCGAGCGGUCCCGGCCUCAUCGGGGCAGCCCGAGCGGAAACGUCUUCGCACCUCCGUCGGACGGCGACGCCGCGAAAGACCCUUGGAGGGGCGGCGCAAGCUGCGAAGGCGGCGACCAACCCUCAACAUGCUCGGAGGCCGAAGAGGCAAAGUCGAAAAGACUUUUCAGCGCCUCGGCUUGCGUCAAAAGCCUCGCUCGCGAAAAACGGACGCCUGGCGCGGAGGCGCGGUCCGGGGAGAAACCCUUCGGUUGCUCGGUGUGCGGCGCGACGUGGUCUCGGAAAGGAAGUCUGGAAAACCACAUGCGAACGCACACGGGAGAAAAGCCCUUUUUAUGCUCGACUUGUGGUCAGACGUUCUCGCGGAAGGAAAACAUGGUGUCGCACAUGAAACUGCACUCGGGAGAGAGGCCCUUCGCUUGCUCAAGUUGCGGUCAGACGUUCUCCCGCAGGUCAAACUUGGAGAGACAUGUGAGAUCGCACAAGAGAGAAGUCGGCGGAGAGAAACCCUUUGGUUGCGCCACCUGCGGCAAGUUCUUCUCCCAAAAGCGCCAACUGGUGGCGCACCAGACGGCGCACACGGGAGAAAGACCCUUCAGUUGCUCAACUUGUGGGCAAACCUUCUCCCGGAAGACAAACCGGGAGAGACACAUGAAAUCGCACAGAGGAGAAAAACCCUUCAGCUGCUCCGUUUGUUGCAAAACGUUCCCACGAAAGCGCAACCUGGAACGGCACACGAGAUCUCACACGGGAGAAAAACCUUUUAGUUGCCCUACUUGCGGUAAAAAACUCUCUGGAAAGCCAAGCCUGCUGACGCACAUGAGGUCGCACACGGGGGCAAAACCCUUCAGCUGCUCAACCUGCGGCCAAACUUUCUCUCGGAAAGGCAACAUGGAAGCUCACAGGAGGUUACACGCUGGAGAAAAACCCUUCCGCUGUUCCAUUUGCUGUAAAAGCGUCUCUCGGAAGUCAAACUUGGAGAGACACGUCAGGUCACAUCGGGGAGAAAAGGACCCGGGUGCCUCGGCUCGCGGCCAAACGUUCUCUAGCAAGUCCGAGGCGGCGACGCCCACCCAGGGGUCGAACGUGCCACGAAGAAGAAAAAGGCGGAAGUCCGCGUCGCGGCGACGAAGGACAAAGUGCGACGUUCGCGUGUUUUCGUUCGCCGGCUGUACUCUCGACAACAACAGAAUGUUGAAAGAUUUAGUCAGGGAGCGGUUGGUCGCGGCCGCCGACGAAAUCUUCGGCCUUUUUGAGCAAACCGUCGCCGCCUACGAGGAGCAACUGCGUCGCGCCGCGGAGGAGACGGAGCGACACCGACGGCAGCUGGAAGCUCUUUGCCAUCCGCAGAUGGCGAUCGCCGUCGAAGACGCCGAGCAGCCGACGGCCCACGAGAAAGACCCUUUGGGGCAGGAGUGUCCGCGAGCCCUCCUCGUUAAGGAGGAGGAGCCACAGCUGCCCCGAGUGAAAGAGGAAGACGAGGAGGCCCACGUGAGCCGGUUGCCGCUGAGCGGCGUCUCCGUCAAGACCGAAGACGACGGAGAGUCGUCGCAGCCUCAUCGCGACAGUCCCGGCGGAGACCGCCGCGGGGGUCCGCCACCGGAUGCCCUCUUGGCUCCGCUCUCGGAUGGCGACGACUCGGAAGAAAGUUUGAGGAGCGGCGCAGCAGACCGCGCGAGUGACGACGGGCGGCCCGAAUGCUCUCGAGAGGAGGCGGCCGGGAACAGCGCAACUGGUCAGGAGCGAAUGAAAACCGGCGCCGAGGGAAGUCUUUUCGGUUGCUCGACCUGCGGGAAAAUGUUCUCGCUCAGGGAAAAUUUGCUCAGGCACAUCCGAACGCACACGGGCGAAAAACCCUUCAGCUGCUCAAUUUGUGGCAAAAGAUUUGCCGUCAAGGGAAACAUGGCGGAACACUUGCGAACGCACACGGGAGAAAAACCCUUUAGCUGCUCAACUUGUGGCAAAAACUUUGCUCUCAAGGCAAACAUGGUCAAGCACCAGCGAACGCACACGGGAGAGAAACCCUUUGGCUGUUCGACUUGUGGCAAAAGAUUCACGCUCAAGGCGAUUCUGGACGAGCAUCAGAGGACGCACAGCGGAGAAAAACCCUACAGUUGCUCCGCUUGCGGCCAAACCUUCUCUCAAAGGGUCACCCUGGCGAAGCACACGAGAACGCACACGGGAGAAAAACCCUUCACGUGCUCCGCCUGCGGCCGAACCUUCUCCCAAAGGGGAACCAUGGUCGCGCACAUGAGGACGCACACCGGAGAAAAACCCUUCGCUUGCUCCACUUGCGGCCGAACCUUCUCCCAAAAGGGAACGAUGGUCACGCACAUGAGAAGGCACACGGGAGAGAAGCCCUACGCUUGCCGAGCGUGCGGCGAGAGCUACGCCCAUAAGGUCAGUUUGGCUUUGCACGUGCACUCGCACCACGCCGACAAGUGAACGAUGGGGCGAGCGAGGGCGGCUUGAUUCCCAUUUCGCCUUUGGUACGCGAGGCCUGAGCCUGUUUUGGAACCCGCGUCGAUACUUUGCUUCUUUUGGCAGCUUGUUCCAUUUGCGUGCAGCGCAACGGCUGAAUGCUGCCUCACCAUCUUUACUUUCCACUCAGGGCUCCCUUCCCUGAAAUCUGCAUCAGUGACUGGAAAUAGCACCUGAAUGCAAAACUUUCGUGAGGCGACCUGAAAGCAACCGAGAGGACUGUGGCCGUGAAUUUUCCCCAGCGUGGGACAAAUAAAGGAUAUCUUAAUGCUUGCUCAAGCGCCAUCAAUCUUAGAUGCCGAUCUGUCAUCUUCGGUUGUGAUGAGGUGCUUCAACUGGAGUGUCUGAUUGUUAUUUCUUUUGUCGGUUUAAAAAAAAACACAUUUCACGGCUCUGACACAAACUUGUGUCAUAAGCAGCAAACGAAAAUGUUGAUUUUGGAUCUGUGACUGUCAAAGUAGGACCUUGCAAAUACUGUGCAUGCCGUCUGGCGG